GUGGGCCAAAAAAGGCCAGGUUAUAAAGGAAGCCUCCGGUGACUUCUACGAAACCAUCGUGGACCACACGUUCUUCUUUGAGCCCGUCUCCUGCGAGGUCACCAAUGCUCUGGGCAGCACAAACAUCAGCAGGACCGUGGAUGUUUACUUUGGGCCCAGGAUGGCGACAGAACCUCAGUCCCUCCUGGUUGACCUGGGCUCGGACGCCGUGUUCAACUGUGCCUGGACUGGGAACCCCUCUCUCACCAUCGUCUGGAUGAAGCGAGGCUCAGGCGUG